GUCCUGUGCACUGGUGCACACUGUCACCAUGAGCCUUCCAACUGUCUUCAUCAUGCUCUCAGUUUGUUUCAACAUGUUUUCCUCAUCUCUGUCCUCUCAUCCCAACUCAGCUAAGAAGUCAGGCUGCUUCAAAGUCAACAGCUGCAAAUGCAUCAUGAAGGAUGGCAGUGGGGUGAUAAACCUGAAAGCCAUGGGAGAUGCAAAGGGUUUCCUGGGGCAGUUGACGCCUGUGUCAGCAGAGAGCAUGGCAGUCAGUGCAGAGAUUCUCCUGUCCUUCAGCCCCUGCCAGCCCUUCUCACAGCAAGAGGAUCUGACAGGAGCUGACUGUACCUAUGUCGCUGCAUGCCUCAUUUUCAGGUAUCACAGGCUCAACCAAUACAUUAGCCGUUAUAUCAGCUAUGGAAGACAUGAAGGGAAUGAAUUCAACUACAAUGACACCCUGAAGAUGCUGUCUGUCUCAUACUUUGUUCAUGACCAGCAGCCGCUAACAGUGGUGCAUUACCACUGUAAUCCAAAUCUGUCCACUUCUUUCAUCCGUGACCAGAGCCUGAGCACUGAGGGGCCCCUGCAGAUCUGGGUGGAGAGCCCCUGUGCUUGUCCAAAUGCCUGUACCAUGGGAGAUCUGGGUCUAGGCACCAUCUUCCUCAUCAUCCUCUCCCUCAGUGCUGCUGCAUACUUCAUCCUUGGUUCCUGUGCUCUGAGGCCUUUCCGGAGCAGCAGUGGAAUCCAGAUCUCUCCAGAGCACAGUGUGUGGUGUAUGAUCUGCUACCUCUGUACUGAGAGCCGGCCAGCAAGAGGACACUAUACAGACAUGACACACUAAAUGAUAAGCAGCUGCACACCUCUGGAACAUUGCAACAUGUCUCAGUGUGCCAUGUGUUUUGACCUAAAGGUGUCAUGUCCCAUAGAGGGCAUGUUUUGCAUAACAAAUUUGGUCAAUAUAUUUCUAAGAAUUCAAGGUAUUUGUUACAUUGUUCAAUAUAGGCCUUUGAAGGACAAUAAUAACCACCAACCAGAAUUA